AUGGAGAAGGAACGGCUGAGCACGGAGAAGGCUCUCCAGUUCUGCACCGUUCUUUCGGAGCAAAUCAAACAGAUCCAGGCUGAUUUUCAGAAAAACCAGGAUUCUGACUUGACCUCUGGGAUGCUAUUUGGUAAGGGACUCCAGGGUUGUAUGCACCACAUGUGCUUUAUGCUGGCUCACCUUGAGAAAUACCAGAAAAUUGUCGCUGAGCGCUUAAAUACUAGCUUAAAUGCGGAAUCAGCGGGAGAGCAAGCCUCAUUCGAUAAACUUCAGAAUAAAGCCAAAAUGCUGCAGCGCUGCCUGGCAUUUUGCUCCGAUGUUGAUACCUAUAUGGAGUCGCAGAUUAGUAAUAUCGAAAAUCAUUUAGAAGGCGAUGAUAUCAUCCGGUUUUUGGUCUCAAUAGAUGGCAAGCGAAUCGGCGGGAAGAAUCGAGGCACUGGGAAGAGGCAGAAGCAGGCUGGCGGACAUUUCAGAGAAGCAUCUCUUCAACAGAUGUCCCAAUUGCACCAGAGGGGUCAUACGAAACACGACACUCAGAGUUCAGCAUCAAUAUCAGGCGAUGAACCUCCACUAGCUACCCUUCAGUCGCUGCUCGGUAAAUGCCAUGGCCCAGGUGUCAUCCUUGACUAA